AAGUGAAGAAGCGCAUUGAUAAAUACAGCUAUAUGUGCAAUUAUCACACGUCAGGUUUUUGAUUACUUUUGUUGAAAAUGUUGCGCCAAUUUUUUGCAUUUCUAUUGCUAGUCCAGCUGAGGGGCUUGGACUGCCAGCAAACACCGGAGGAGGAGCAGGGCGUGCGCUAUGCCAAUCGCUGUGAGGCUUGCAAAAUUCUUGCCGCCGAAUUGGAGGCGCGUCUGGGCGAAACCGGCAAAUCGCACGAUGUUAUUGAGAUCGGCUACUCCGUGGACGAUGUGCGUCCCAAGAAGCGCACCGAAUACCGACGCAGCGAGCUCCGUUUGCUGGAGUCCCUGGAGAAUGUGUGCGAGCGAGUGCUGGAGUAUAAUUUGCACAAGGAGCGCACGGACAGCACGAGAUUUGCCAAGGGCAUGUCGCAGACCUUUCAAACGCUGCACGGCCUGGUGGACAAGGGCGUUAAAGUGGACCUGGGCAUACCCUACGAGCUGUGGGACAAGCCGCCCGUCGAGGUCACCCAGAUGAAGAACCAAUGCGAGAACAUGCUGGAGGAGUACGAGGAUGCCAUCAGCAAUUGGUAUUUCCAGCUGCAGCAGGACAAAUCUCUGCAGCAGCAUCUGUGCGAGGAUCAUGUGCUUAAGCGACCGGAGGAGCGCAAGUGUCUCAAGGAGCAGCUGACGCAGCAGCCGGAGCGAAAGAAACCAAAGAAAAAUACCAAAGGCGACAAGCAGGAGCUGUAGCUGAUAUGGAACUAAGCG